GCCGGUGCGUGCGAGCGGCCGCCGAGCCGGGCAGAGCUGCCUGAGUGGCCGAGCGUCCCGCGCAGGCCGAGCGCCGCUCUCUCCCGGGCGUACGGCCUUCUGCCGGCCGCCGCCGACCGCGGGCAAGCCGGAGGCUGAGCAGGGCCGCCGUCCGCGCGCCCUUCCGAGUGACAGAGCAGCGAGCGGUCUGUCCCCGCGGCCCGGAGCCGGCGGCCGAUCGGAGGACGCAGAGCCAGAGCCGAGGCGGAGGACACGCGCGCGCGAGCCGGCCAUGUCGGUGGUGGGGCUGGAUCUGGGCUCGCAGAGCUGCUACAUCGCGGUGGCCCGCGCGGGGGGCAUCGAGACCAUCGCCAACGAGUUCAGCGACCGAUGCACCCCAUCAGUCAUAUCGUUUGGGUCAAAAAACAGAACAAUUGGAGUUGCAGCUAAAAAUCAGCAAAUCACUCAUGCAAACAAUACAGUGUCAAACUUCAAGAGAUUUCACGGUCGUGCAUUCAAUGACCCCUAUAUUCAGAAGGAGAAGGAAAACCUAAGCUAUGAUCUGGUUCCAAUGAAAAAUGGCGGCGUCGGAAUAAAGGUGAUGUACAUGGAUGAAGAGCAUCUGUUUAGUGUGGAGCAGAUAACAGCCAUGUUAUUGACCAAGUUAAAGGAAACUGCUGAAAACAAUCUCAAGAAACCAGUAACAGAUUGUGUUAUCUCAGUUCCGUCCUUCUUCACGGAUGCAGAGAGGCGAUCUGUGUUAGAUGCUGCACAGAUUGUUGGUUUAAACUGCUUGAGACUUAUGAACGACAUGACAGCUGUUGCUUUGAAUUACGGGAUUUAUAAGCAGGACCUCCCAAGCCUGGAUGAGAAGCCUCGGAUAGUGGUGUUUGUUGAUAUGGGCCACUCCGCUUUCCAGGUGUCUGCCUGUGCUUUUAACAAGGGCAAACUGAAGGUACUGGGCACAGCUUUUGAUCCUUUCUUGGGAGGAAAAAACUUUGAUGAAAAGUUAGUGGAACAUUUUUGUGCAGAAUUUAAAGCUAAGUACAAGUUGGAUGCAAAAUCCAAAAUUCGGGCACUCCUUCGUCUGUAUCAAGAGUGUGAAAAAUUGAAGAAACUAAUGAGCUCUAAUAGCACAGACAUACCACUAAAUAUUGAGUGUUUCAUGAAUGACAAAGAUGUUUCGGGAAAGAUGAACAGGUCACAAUUUGAAGAACUCUGUGCUGAUCUUCUGCAAAAGAUAGAAACACCUCUUUAUUCACUGAUGGAACAAACUCAGCUCAAGCCAGAAGAUGUGAGUGCUGUUGAGAUCGUUGGAGGCACUACCCGGAUUCCAGCUGUGAAAGAAAAAAUUGCCAGAUUUUUCGGGAAAGAUAUAAGUACAACACUCAAUGCAGAUGAAGCAGUAGCAAGAGGAUGUGCACUACAGUGUGCGAUCCUUUCCCCAGCUUUCAAAGUGAGAGAAUUUUCUGUCACAGAUGCAGUUCCUUUUCCAAUAUCUCUGGUGUGGAACCAUGAUUCAGAAGAUACUGAAGGCGUGCAUGAAGUGUUCAGUAAGAACCACGCUGCCCCUUUCUCCAAAGUACUCACCUUCCUGAGGAGGGGGCCUUUCGAGCUGGAAGCUCUCUACUCGGAUCCGCAGGCAGUUCCCUAUCCAGAAGCAAAGAUAGGCCGUUUCAUAGUGCAGAAUGUUUCUGCACAGAAGGAUGGAGAAAAAUCUAGAGUGAAAGUCAAAGUCCGUGUCAACACCCACGGCAUCUUCACCAUCUCCACGGCGUCCAUGGUGGAGAAAGUCCCUGCCGAGGACAGUGAAGCGUCUUGUGUGGAAGCAGACAUGGACUGUCCCAAUCAGAGGUCCCUGGAGAACCCAGACAGUGACAAAAAUAUCCAGCAAGACAACAGUGAAGCUGGAACACAGCCCCAGGUACAAACUGAUGCUCAGCAAACCUCACAGUCUCCCCCUUCACCUGAACUUACCUCAGAAGAAAACAAAAUCCCAGAUGCUGACAAAGCAAAUGAAAAGAAAGUUGACCAGCCUCCAGAAGCUAAGAAACCCAAAAUAAAGGUGGUGAAUGUUGAGCUACCUGUUGAAGCAAACUUGGUCUGGCAGUUAGGGAAAGAUCUCCUUAACAUGUAUAUUGAGACAGAGGGUAAGAUGAUAAUGCAAGAUAAAUUGGAGAAGGAAAGAAAUGAUGCUAAAAAUGCAGUGGAGGAAUAUGUGUAUGAGUUCAGGGACAAGUUGUGUGGACCAUAUGAAAAAUUUAUAUGUGAGCAGGACCAUCAGAAUUUCUUGAGACUCCUCACAGAGACUGAAGACUGGCUCUAUGAAGAAGGCGAGGACCAAGCUAAGCAAGCAUAUGUCGACAAGUUGGAAGAAUUAAUGAAAAUUGGCACUCCAGUUAAAGUCCGAUUUCAAGAAGCUGAAGAAAGGCCAAAAAUGUUUGAAGAGCUGGGGCAGAGGCUGCAACACUAUGCCAAGAUAGCAGCUGACUUCCGAAACAAGGAUGAGAAAUACAACCAUAUUGAUGAGUCUGAAAUGAAGAAGGUGGAGAAAUCUGUAAAUGAGGUGAUGGAGUGGAUGAAUAACAUUAUGAAUGCUCAAGCUAAAAAAAGUCUGGAUCAGGAUCCAGUGGUGCGUGCUCAGGAAAUUAAAGCAAAAAUCAAGGAGCUGAACAAUUCUUGUGAACCCAUUGUAACACAGCCUAAACCAAAAAUUGAAUCACCUAAACUGGAAAGAACUCCUAAUGGCCCAAAUAUUGAUAAAAAGGAAGAAGAUUUAGAAGGCAAAAAUAAUUUUGGUGCUGAACCUCCACAUCAGAAUGGGGAGUGCUACCCUAAUGAGAAGAGUUCAGUUAAUAUGGACUUGGACUAGAUAACAUUAAGUUGGCUUAUUCUUUCAAUUAAUAAGAUAUUUUUGCCAUAGUAUGUGACUCUACAUAACAUACUGAGACUAUUUAUAUUUUCUUUUCUAAGAAUGUUUAGAAAUUUUGUGUAUUAUACGGAAAAAAGAAAAAAGCUUAAGGUCUGUUGUCUUUUUGAUCCUAAAAGGGAAGAUUGCCUUGGUGACUUUCAGAUUCCUGUGGAAUUGUGACUUCAUACCAAGCUUUUGUGCAGUGUUAAUCAUUUGCAUCACUGAGGAUGAAAUUGACUUCUGUCUUGGAGAAUAGAACCAAACUGUACUGCUUGUUCAAGAGGGUUGUGACAAAUCUUUAAAGCAUUUGUUCUUGCCAAGGUAGUUUUCUUGUAUUUUGCUCUUCAUUGUAGCAUGUGUGUGGUAUGGAUGUUUGUAAAACAAGACUAAGUCUGAUUUCAUAAGGGCUUUCUAAAAGUAAUUCUGUCCAAUAGACUAUAACUUUUUGCUUUGACAUUGUUAAAGAAAUUCAUUGAGUAAAACAAAAGCUAGUGAAAUAUGUUAGCAGCAUGCAGAACAAAAAAAAAAAACUUUAAAAUUGUAUCUCACUAUCCAUUGCAUUGUCAUGUGAAGAUGUGGAAAAGAAGAAAUGUUGAUCUUGUACCUGAUGGUGAAAACGUGAUGAGCUUUAAAAUAAAGUUCAUCUUAAGGUGUCAUUUCUAAA